AUAACAUCAAACUUAUUCAAAAUGUCUGCCGCCGAUAAGAAGUCCAAAAAGGCUAUGGAGAGUAUCAACUCCAGGCUAGCCUUAGUAAUGAAAAGUGGAAAAUAUUCCAUGGGAUACAAGCAAACGUUGAAAACGUUACGAUCAGGCAAAGCCAAAUUAGUUAUAAUCGCAAAUAACACACCUUCUCUAAGGAAAAGUCUAAUCGAAUACUACGCUAUGUUGGCAAAAGCUGGAGUUCACCAUUAUUCUGGUAACAAUAUCGAGUUAGGAACAGCAUGUGGUAAAUACUUCAGAGUUUGUUCUCUUAGCAUUACUGACCCUGGUGAUUCUGAUAUUAUUAAGAAUGUGCCUGCUGAAGGUGGACAAUAAUUAUGAUUAAAGUUUUGCUGAUUAACAUUUAUUUAAA